AUGGUUUUAAAGCAAGCUCCUUUGUGUUGGAAUGAGAAGAUUCAUGGUGCUCUUGUCAAACUUGGGUUUAUUCGUAAUGAAAGUGACUACGGUGUGUAUACCAAAGGAUCUGGGUCUACCAUGGUUAUUAUCGCACUGUAUGUUGAUGAUUUACUUAUUUCUGGCAAUUCUUCUGAAGUCAUUGCCAAAACCAAGUCUUCUUUGUCAUCUAUGUUUAAGAUGAAAGACUUGGGCCCAGUCGAGCAGUUCCUUGGCAUGAGAGUUAAGCAGUCACCUUACCAUAUUACUGUGGAUGUUUCGCGUUAUAUUUUUGAUAUGUUGGAGGAGUUUGGUAUGCAGAAUUGUUCAAGUGUCAAGACUCCUUUACCCACUCGUGAUCUUUCUGAUUUUUCCGAGUCUGACUCUGCUACCGAUGCCUCCAUGUAUCGCAGUAUUAUUGGUAAGCUGAUUUAUGCUGCUAAUUGUGCUCGUCCUGAUCUUGCUGUUGCUGGUACUGCUGAACUUGGUCUUGAAUAUCGAGCUCAGAAAGUCUACAAGCUUGUUGGCUAUAGUGAUGCCGACUAUGCACAGGACAAGCAGGACCGUAAGUCAUUUACUGGGUAUGUUUUCAUUCUGUCUGGUGGUCCCAUUACUUGGGCUUGUCGAAAGCAAGUUAGUCCUGCAUCGUCCAGCGUCGAGUCUGAGUACAUGUCAUUGUCUGAUGCGUCUAAGGAAUGCUUCUGGAUUAAUCAGUUGUUGUCCCUUUGCAAGAUUCCUGUUCCGUUGCCAGUGACUAUGUUUGAGGACAAUCAGGGAUGUAUUGCAUUGGCUCAGAACCCAGUGUUUCAUCGUCGCACCAAGCAUAUUGAUGUUCGAUAUCAUGUUGUGCGUCACUAUAUUCGCAGUGGAGUGAUUCAUCUGGAGUAUCUUGAUACUCAAGUGAUGUUGGCAGAUAUGUUCACUAAGAAUCUUGGUCGUGUGAAGUUUGAGACAUUAAGGGGACUACUUGGUAUGAAGGCAGUAGGUGAUUCUGCGACAAGGGGAGGUGUUGAGCAUGCAAUGUUGUCGCAGACUAGUGCAGUUGAUAAUGCACGUGAGUUUGGGUGGGAAACUAUGGUUGACAAUCUAUGUUUAUUUUAG